UCUGAUUGAGCAGCUGACAGAGGAGAAGUAUGAGUGUAUGGUCUGUUGUGAAGUGAUUCGGGUCAUGGCUCCAGUUUGGAGCUGUCAGAGCUGUUCCCACGUAUUUCACCUUAACUGCAUCAAGAAAUGGGCUCGCUCACCUGCAUCUCAAGCUGAUGAUGGGCCUGAAGGUUGGCGUUGUCCUGCAUGCCAGCAUGUGGCACUUAAAGCCCCAAAUGCGUAUAGCUGCUUCUGUGGGAAGGUGACCAAUCCUGAGUUUCAACGCACUGAGAUCCCUCAUAGCUGUGGGGAUAUGUGUGGGAAAAAGAGGGGUGGAGGGGAAUGCAAUCACCCCUGUAAUAUCUUGUGCCAUCCUGGGCCCUGCCCACAGUGUCCAGCUUUUAUCACAAAGUCCUGCAUUUGUGGGAGAAUGAGUAAGCAGGUUCGUUGCAGUCAGGCAGGACCUCUUCUUUUUGAGGAAGUCUGCGGGGCUCUUCUGAACUGCUCAAAGCACUUCUGCCCCCAGGUGUGCCACUCAGGGCCAUGCCAACCCUGCCCACUUCAUGUUCAGCAAGCCUGCUUUUGUGGUGUGGUGUUCAGGGAGGUGGCGUGUGGGACUGAUUGUGGUCAUUUUGAUGGAUCAGGAUAUUUCUCCUGUUGCAAAACCUGUGGAAAGAUGCUAGACUGCCGGUCCCAUCGCUCUCAGCAAUUAUGCCACCCUGGGCAGUGCCAGUCCUGUCCACUCAGCCCCAAGCUGGUGCGCAGUUGUUCGUGUGGACAGACUCCAUUAUCUAAACUUCAAGAGCUCGGCUACCCAGAGAGAAAGACCUGUACUGACCCGAUCCCCUCCUGUGGCAAGACCUGCAACAAGCAGCUGCCAUGUGGAGAUGAUGAAGACAUGGUGUUUGCCUGUGAGAAAUGCUGCAUCAAGAAGCGCUCCUGCGGCAGGCACAAGUGUGGGGAGCUGUGUUACCCCCUGAAUAUAAAAACGGGACAUCGGAUGCCCAUUUUCCACAAGCUGCAAAGGAGUAAUAUCCCAUGCCACCUGCAGGACAUCUCGUGUGGUUUAGCGGGUGAUAAGCUCUUACCCUGCGGUUCGCAUCGCUGUAAGAAAAUAUGUCACCGUGGGGAAUGCCAGGCAGAGGGAGAGUGUAAGCAGCCAUGCAUUCACCCUAGACCUAGCUGUGGACACCCCUGUGCUGCUCCCUGCCACCCAGGCACCCCCUGUCCACCCACUAUCUGCAGUGCCAAGGUGGCACUGCAGUGUGCCUGUGGUCGAAAGAAAGAGACCCUUCCUUGUGCUGAUGCAGCUAGUUCUUACCAAAGAUAUGCAGCUAUUUCCGUUGCCAGUAAGCUGUCAGAUAUGCAGCUGGGAGAUAACCUUUUUAUUUGGUUGUUCUCUCACAGGUUGGAGUGUGAUCAAGAAUGUGCUACACUGGAGAGGAACAGGUGGCUGGCUGAGGCCCUGCAGACUGAUAAGUCAGUGGAUACCUUUAACACGUCAACGUCUUCCAAAUAUAGUGACUCUCUCAAAGAAGAUGCAAGGGGGAAAGCAGUGUGUCCUAACACUAGUCUGGCUGCUUUGGUUGAAAGGGAAACUGUCUCCAGAGCCCCGCCUCCUAUUACCCACAUCAAACAACACACCUGCAAAGCUGACAAUAGUAAUGCUGGGAUGAAACAAUCUAAAGAGGAGCCCACAGUUGAUUAUUUUGAUGUGCAGGAUUGACAUGAAAUUUUGAAUAGUCAAUGUAAUAAUCAUACAAAAUAAAAUGGUC